GCACCCCUGGGGGUAUGUGUAGUGGAACUAGAGCUUCCUGCUCGCUGGCUCUCUCCCCCAUUGUCUGCCACCAGCCUCCACAAAUCAGAAGAUCUGAGCAUCACUCCUCUCCGAGCUGAGCUGUACUACACCCUAGCACCCCCUUUGUCAGGGAAGAUACCCAGGGAGUGCCCUCAUGCACAGACCCAGGAAAAGUCACGACCUGGCAGCGAGGGGAGUAAGGAGAAGCUGCACUAUGUGGGCCCUGUUGAUAUCCGAGUGAUGAGCCCUCCACGGCGCCAGGAAGUCCGUCUGGAUGACAAUGUGAUGGUCCGAGUCCCUGACAUGGCCCUGCGUCCUGGACAGCUCUUCACCGCCACCCUCAUCCUGCAGCAGAACUUUACUGCUGAUCUGCUGACACUCCGAAUCAAAGUGAAGAAAGGUCUACAGGUUCUGGCUGCUCGACCCACCAGGCCAGAUGCCUGGACUGCAAAACUGGACAAGUUUAAGGGUGCCAAACACCACACUGCUCUUGUUACUUGUCGCCGUUCCAUUGACAGUGGGUUAAACUGGCGGGCAGCAGAUUCUCCAGAGUUCUUGUAUCUGGAUUUCAUGGUGGAGAACAGCACAGGGGGCCUGUCUUCUACACGUCCUGUCACCUGGCAAGUGGAAUACCCUGGCCAGGACCCAGAAGCUGAAAAAGACAAGAUGGUAUGGGAGAUCCAAGUGUCAGAACGAGACGUGCGGGCCUUGGUUCCCUUGGUGAAGGAGCAGGAGAUUGUGAACACCGCACUCCUAACAGGAAUCCUUCACUCAGUGCCAGUGAAGCUGAUUGUGGUAGAAACAGGUGGAGCAGUCUUUGAGGUGACUGAGCAGAUGGGCUGUGAGUCUUCUAACAAGCAGGUCUUGCAGGUGAGAAACUGGGAUGCCUCACAGAGGACAUUUUUCCUUCUUUGUGGCCAGUUCCAGGAUCAAAAUCUACAAUGCUUAUUAAGAACGAUCAAAGAAUCUGGUAGAAUAUUAAAGACCAGCAGGUUUUUGUUCAGGUUUACCUUUCAUGGGCAUGACUGCCUUCAUCACCUAUAUGUGG